CGCUGCACGAGGACACUCUCAUGCCUCUGUUGCCCACACUCUGCCUCAGUUUUCACUCUUUAAUCUGAUUUAAAACUAGUUUCGAGGAUGGACACGGAUAAAAAUAUAACCCCGGAGUCUGGCGCCGCCACGGAGAGUAUCGACGACGCGGAGUCUUUCACAAAGGUGAAAUCUAAAAAGAGUCAGAAGCGAAAACGUGAACAAGAUGGAGCGGACAUGGACACAGAGGGGCCCGUGGCGAGCAAACGGCCGCAGUUUCCGCCGAUUUCAAGCGACAAAUUACGGGGACCAGAUGAGAUGCGCAAAAUCCCUGUCCCAAGUCACAGGUACACCCCACUGAAAGAAAACUGGCUCAAGAUUUUCACCCCCAUUGUAGAGAACCUACAGCUUCAAGUUAGAUUCAACCUCAAAACUAGGAAUGUUGAAAUCAAAACGUGCAAAGAAACACAGGACAUCGCCUCGCUCACGAGAGCAGCAGAUUUUGUUAAAGCGUUUGUUCUGGGAUUCCAGGUUGAAGAUGCUCUCGCUCUGAUCAGAUUAGACGAGCUUUUCCUAGAAAGCUUCGAUGUCACAGACGUGAAACCCCUGAAGGGAGACCACUUAUCCAGAGCCAUUGGCAGAAUAGCAGGGAAGGGAGGAAAGACCAAAUUCACAAUCGAAAAUGUCACAAAGACUCGCAUUGUGCUUGCAGACACAAAAGUUCAUUUAUUAGGAUCUUUCCAGAAUAUCAAGAUGGCCCGGACAGCGAUAUGUAACUUAAUCUUAGGAAGUCCACCUUCAAAGGUCUACGGCAACAUCAGGGUGGUGGCUAGCCGGACUGCCGAGAGAUUCUGAAGUCUGGUGGGCUGCUGCGUGUUAUUUAUCAUUUACCCCACUGGCUGGUGGGAAUCCCACAUUGAUCUGUGACUGUUUGGACCGACACCUCAGGUUCCUCUGUUGUGGCCUGCUGACCCAAAACAUGAGGCAAAAUAAUGAUACAUGCAUGAACAGAGUGCAGUUAUAUGUAAGCAUUAUUUGUGUAAAUAAAUAAUUUCAAUCCCCA